CCUCUGGCUUCAGUUUUGAAAAAUAUUCAGCGACAGAAAUGGAUCUGCUGUGCUGAAUUAUAUAGUUCUUUAAACUGCAAUAGGUCUGUUUCAAUUAUCCAUUUUUCACAAAGAAAUAUCACACCAUACAGUCUAUUGGACAAUAGUUUAGUUUCCAGUAAAGUGACAAUGAACCAUCCACUCUUGUGUGUACAGUUGUGUUAAAACAUUUCCUCUGAAAGUUAAAAGCUUCCGUUUCUACAAUCGAUUCGACCUUUCCUUAAUAAAUUAAAUCGAAUGUUCACUGUUGCGCAUGUAAGCAGACAUAUAGAAAAAGACACACAAGCACACGGUUCAGAUAAUUUAUUCGGACUAACUUUUUUUUUCUCCGUUGAUCAGGCAUUUAGUGAUGUGUUUAUACUAAGUACAAAUUGAUAUUCACAAUUUCUGUUACUUUGGCCACUGUGAUGAAAAGUUGUUUUUUUCUACUUACUUUGUGGACAAACACUCUUAUACACACUCGAAUUAAUAUAUGCGCGUAAAUAGCACGCUGAAAAGUUUUGUUCAAACAUUAUUUAGCAACGCAGAGAUCUUGAAGUACAAACAAAAAGAUUAUUACUUCAUAUGUAGAUAAUACAACAUUCAAGGAAUACACAGAGAAGAAUAAAACUUGAAAAUGCCUGAAUUGAAAGCUAUUAUCAAAAGUGUUGAUAUGCCUGAUGAAAUGCAACAGGACGCUGUAGAUAUGUGUGCUAUUGCGCUUAAAAAAUACACACUUGGAAAAGAUAUUGCAGCUUUUAUGAAGAAAGAAUUCGAUAGAAAGUAUUCACCAACUUGGCAUUGUGUUGUCGGAACUAAUUUCGGCACGUACAUAUCACAUGAAGAGAAACAUUUCAUCUAUUUCUUCCUAGACAAUCAUGCCGUGGUGCUUUUCAGAACUGGAGGAGUUAACUAA